AUGGCUUCUGACUUUGGCCAGAUUGACGUACCCAUGAUGGCGGCAGGGAUCGUUGAUAAUGCGCCCGCAGAGGAUUAUUCGUACGAGCGGUGGCGGAAGAUGCUCGAUAUCAAACUUGUUGGCACAUGCAGUAUUUAUGGCAGUAUUUGCGUGAAACCGCAGAAGCAGGGUGCUUACAACGCAAUGGGCUUCCAUUCCAUUCGCGUCAACAGUAUUUUGCCAGGAUACAUUCGUACCGACCUUAUUGUCGACUAA